GCAGUUUGAUUUCCGAAUUUCUCCGGCUCUCGGUUAGCAGAAACAUAUGUGAAAGGAUCAUCAAUCUCCUCCGUCCCCGGAGUUGCCGAAUUUUUAACCCUAUUGGAGCUCAUUCUCAUGGAUUCCCUCCGUUCCAAUUACAGAGAUGAAGAUGAUGAAGAAGGGGACCCCAUUCGCGCCGCUGAGAUCGACGUACUUGAGCCUGCUGAUCCGCCAUUGGAUGCGAAUCUUAGGGGCUCCUCAACCGAGCCCCAGAACGGUACCAGACAACACCCACCCGAUGCCUCUGAGGAAAUCUCCGAAGAAGAACCUGCCUCCGAUGACACAAAAUCCGCUAAAUUGACGAAGUCCCCUGGGAAUGACGACGGCGAAGAAGGCCCGACUCCGAAAAAGCAGAAGCAGUUGUCUUCGCUUAACAAACCUGCAGGGGAGGACAAAUCGCCAUUGCCGGCAUCUACAACGCCGGCUAAGAACAACGGGUCAGCUACUGGCAAUGUUGCACCAAAGAAAUCGAAGAAGAAGAAUAAUAAUGUUUGGGCUACUAAAUCGAGCCGGAAGGGGAAAAAGAAGAACAAAGCUAAUAACAAUCACAAUGCCCCCACUGAGGAUCCUGUUUUGAUCACUCCAGUUCCAAGGUUCUCCGAUAAAGGAGACGACAAUUCCAGUAUGCAAAUAUGUUUGUCAAAAGUUUACAAGGCGGAGAAAGUCGAAUUGAGUGAUGACAGAAUGAGUGGUGGUAGUACAAAGGGGUAUAGAAUGGUGAGAGCUACUAGAGGGGUGGAGGAAGGGGCAUGGUAUUUUGAAAUCAAGGUUGUAAGCUUGGGGGAGACCGGGCAUACUCGGCUCGGAUGGUCGACGGAGAAAGGGGACUUGCAGGCGCCGGUCGGGUACGAUGGGAAUAGUUUUGGAUACAGAGAUAUUGAUGGAAGUAAGGUGCAUAAGGCUUUAAGGGAGAAAUAUGGAGAGGAGGGAUAUAAGGAAGGUGAUGUUCUUGGUUUUUAUAUCAAUUUGCCUGAUGGGGCUUCAUAUGCGCCCAAGUCACCGCAUUAUGUUUGGUAUAAGGGGCAGAGGUACAUUUGUGCUCCUGAAGGGAAAGAGGAGCCUCCUAAAGUAGUUCCAGGAAGCGAGAUUUCGUUCUUCAAAAACGGAGUAUGCCAAGGGGUUGCGUUUACAGAUCUGAACGGAGGUCGUUAUUAUCCUGCAGCCUCAAUGUACACUCAACCGAAUCAACCAAAUUGUGUUGUCAAGUUCAACUUCGGCCCUGAUUUCGAAUUCUUUCCAGAGGACUUUCAAGGUCGUCGUUUGCCACAACCCAUGGUCGAAGUACCUUACCACGGAUUCAAUAAACAAGUCGAAAACGGAGAGAAAAACACAGUAGUCGCCAAGUAACACCAUUCUUUUAAUGUGCAUCUAGGACUAAAUUUUUUGUAGUUACAAUCAGUAGAGGAGAGGAAUUUUCUAUGUUAGAUGUAGAGAUAGGCAGGCAUUGCAUGAGCCCAACAAUGUUUAUAUCAUUUGCUUGGGUUUCUUCCACAUCCAUAAUUCAAAGUUGCUUAUUAGGUUAUUUGAUUGGAAAGCUAAUGGUUUGAUGAUUUCAUC